AUGAUGAGGUACGCUGAAGUUGAAACAAUUUCAGAUAAAAUGACAUUUACAACGGACACAAAAUUCAUAAAAGAUUUUAAAAAUUAUAACCAAGCGACUAAAAAUGAAGUUUACCAUGUAUUGAAGUCCGGAAAAUCCGUCAGAUGCAUAAUAUUAAAAACUGGAAAUUCUAUUGAAGACAUCAACAACCCAAAAGUAAGAUCACGACGUCCUAGAAUAAACCCAUCCUCACUUGAGGAAACGUCUCACGACAGCGACGACUCAGUUGAUUUACUUAGGGUUAAACGGACAAGACAAAAAGCACAUCAUCAAAAUAAAGUAGAUAAACAAAACGAUCUAUCUCAAGUAGUGAUAUCUGAAAGCGAAGAUGAAAACAGUAACGAUGGAGAUGACGGUAGAUAUGGUGAAGAUCAAGGUGGUGAUAAUGGAGAUAAAUCAAAAGAUAAUGAAGACGUAGUUUUGGAUGAUGAAAUUUUCGAUGAAGAAAAUAGUAGAAAUGACGAUGAAUUAGACGGAGAAAUAGCAAAUCAUCAGGAUAAAAAUGGAUUUCAGCAAUAUGAAUAUUUGAAUUUGGAAACACUGGACAAUAAUGCAAUAGCACGCAAUCCACAAGGCCGAGAUCAUCAAAAUAGUCUUAUAAAUCGGACAAAGAACGCAGCAGACCAGGUUCAGAAAUCACCUACAAAUACUCAUGUGAGACAAAUUAAUGUAACUAAUUACAGUAAUGAGGAAGUACAGAACAAUGAUAACAAUGAAAGAAUAGAAAAAUUAAUGGAGGAAAAUAGGAAAUCAAAUGAUAAAAUGCAACGACCCGAUGAAAAAAGAUUUUGUGUUGAAAAAGACACUAAUGACAUUGAUUAUAAUGUGAAAGGUGUUGAAAAAGACACUAAUGGCAUUGAUUAUAAUGUGGAAGGUGUUGAAAAAGACACUAGUUCUAUCGAUAACAAUGAAGAAGGUGUUGAAAGAGACACUGAUUGUUUCGAUAGUGAUGAGGAAUGUUAA